AUGAAAGCUAUUCUUGCCCAUUGGAGAUUCAUGAUUUUAUAGUAAGCAUUGAACAUUAAACUUUUUAGCAGUUGGUUUGCUUUGUAAGCUGACCAUAUUACUGCUUAAAGUUGCUUUCAAACUUUCCCAGUAAUAGCGGGAGGAUAACUUGGAAGCACAGUAUUUACUUGCAUGGAUGUUGACUUAUUCGGAAACGUAGCUGUAGGAGGUUAUAGUUCUGACCCAACACUUGUGAAUACUUUAAAUGUGCCGAAUCCUAUAGCUUAGUUUAUUCUCUAAGGGGGAGCGAUUAAAUGGUCAAUAUCUAUGAACACUAACUUUAACGAAGUUACUGCUAUCAAAUUUACACCAAAUACUGAAAAACUUAUACUUGCUCUCGACACUUAAUAAGGGUAAAACUUGGUAUUUGUUGUAUUGCAGUCUAUCAGUGGUGCUGUAAUUGACAAAUACUAAAUGUAAGGUAGUGGAUCAGUAGCUGCUGAUGGUAUCUAAUACUUCGAUGAUGGGAAUGUUUAUGCAGCAAUGUAGUAUCAAUAAAAAUGGACUUUUAUGAAGUUUUCAACGAUCACAUCCCCUCCUUCAAAUAGUAUAUUCUUUCUUUAGCACGGCAUCGUAUUUGCCUCUAUAAAUGUGAUUAACACUGAUGGUCGUCUCUUGUCAAGCUUUGGAUAUUUUCAAGGGUUCAAUCCUAAUGCAAUGUAUUCGUAUGAUAGAAUUAAAAUGGUCUAGAAAGGUUCAAAUUAUUACUUGUGGACUUGUGGAUCAAAAUCUGACUCAUCUUCAAUAAUUGUGAGUUUAGUAUUGCUUACCGAUUUGACAACAUUUAUUUUUCAAACAUUUCAGGCAAUAGCUUUGUCCUUCACAUCAUGCAUUUAAAUAGCACCAGUUGAUGAUACAAGAACAUACUACCUAUUUUAUAAAGCUGGCUCCAUAAUGAUUGGAUGGUUUAAGAUAAAUGAUAGUUAAAAUAGAAUAUAGUUCUAUCGAGUUUCAUAGUUAAAUUCCGAUACUAGAAACAAACUCUUUCAUGGAAUAUAGUAAUCAGGGUAGAAUUUCUACUAUGUUGGGCAAAUGUUUACGCUCAAUACUAAUCCUGCCAGAGAUUAUACAUCUGGGAACAGCUUGUCUGUUGGAUUGUUUUAGUUCACAGGUGCUACCACCUCAUCUUUAUUUUACACAAUAAUUGUGCAAAGUAAUUCUUAAACCACCUGGACAGUACUAACGGCAUCUGGAAGUUUUUUAUCAGACUUGGCUUUUAAUUAAGAAUCAUAAUUUGUCCCAUUAACAACAUACGAUAUUGUAGCAUAGAUAGACAACUAGCCCAGUUUAACGAUAUCAGCAGACUUAUCAAACCAGGUGUAUUUAAUUGGAUAAGCUACUUUGACUUAUACAUUUGAGAGCUUUAAAAUUACCUAACCGUGCUCUGAUAUAAGAAUAUAUCAUGAAAUUGAGGGUAAUGUUCCAAGCUUUAUCAAGGUAAAUAUGCAAGCGAAAACUUUUUCAAUUUACUCUAAUGAUGAAAAUGACGUAGGUGAUUACACCAUAUCUAUCAGAGCUACAAUUAACAAUGGGUAAUAUCUCAUUAGUGCAUUUAAAGUUUUGAUUAAAACAGCUUGCGAGAGUUCUUAAAUUUAUUAAUCAGAAAUUCAAUAAUAAACAUAUAUUGUGAAUGAAGAUGAAAUCAGCUAUUAAUUUGAUGCCUUCUAAUCUUCAAAUAAUAACUGCGAAAUUAAUUAUGAGAUGUUGAAUAAUAAUGGGAAUCCAAUUGAUAAAUUAUUAAUAAAGAGCUUCAGCUCUAGUUUAAGACUAAUUACAAUUUAUACAUAAGAUGAGGGAUUAGUUGGAACUCAUGUUUUCUUUGUAAGAGGGUAUUUUAAAAAUGCCCCUGAUGUAAAACAAGAUUCUUAGUUCACUAUUGAUAUCAAGUCGAAGUGCUUUGGCAAUAAGUUAUAUCCCUAAUAAAUAGGUGAUGUUGUCUAUGACUACAAUGAAAAUUAAUUAGUCACAAUAUCAGAAAUUUCCUGGGGUUAAAGAUACGCCGAAGAUUGUCCUCAACUUGUGUACUUAUUAUAUGAUGAGAUAAAUAAUAGCUUAGAUGAAGAAAUUUUCAUGUUGAAAGAUAAUAAGAGAAUUAAGAUGCAAACUUAAGAUAAUGAGAAGAGUGGAACUUACUAAUUGAAGUUAGUUGGCAAAUCAUUGCGAGAUUCAAUAGAAUAUUAGCAAGAAUCAGUAACUUUCAAAGUUUUAAUUAGAGAUGGUUGUCCGCUUGCUUCAGUAUAAACUUUCAAGCCUGAUGAUCAAAUUUAUAAUAUAGAUGAAAGUCCUUUAGUUUUUGCAUUCGAUUAAUGGAUACCUUCUACAUUAACCUGUGGAGAAGUUAGCUAUAAGCUCUCCAAUGCUGAUGAUAGUAAUCUGAUUGAUGCAUUUAUUAUGGAUUCUAAUGUGAGAUCAAUAACUGUUAAAACUAGUAAUCUUGAAUUAGCCAAUGUAUAUCAACUUAAGUUAACAGGAAAAUUGGGAGAGAGAGGACCAGAAAAAGUAGUGUUAUUUUAAAUUGAGUUCUUUUUUACGGAUUUCGAUAUCAAAAUUGAAAAUAAAUAACUAUGUGGGGGCUUUGCUUAUGAGGUUUCUGGAAUCUCAAAUUCUUAGCUAGAUGACUCUAUAACUUAUAAUUAAGAAUAAAAAUCCUUCUAAAUUAAAACAAGUGAUGAAACAAAAUCAAGUUUGACACCAUACUAUAUUAAAAUCAAAGGAUUUUAGAGCAAUUAUCCUCAGAAUUAUUUAAUCAUGGAUAUCUUAGUAAGGUAUCUCAUAGAUUGCUAAUACUAGGACGCUAAAGCUCCAGAAAAUUAUUUGCAAACAUAUACUGUGAUGGAUCCUAUUGCCCUCGUAAACUAUGGAUAAUUCAAACUAACUCUAUCUUCUUGUCAAUUAGUAUACAUCUGCACUGACUAAGAAACUAGCUCAAGCUGUGACUCUAAUAUAUUUAACUUUGAUUCAAAUAGUGGCUAGUUAAAAGUUUAUUCUGAAGAUAAUAACAAUGCCAGAUAGUAUAAUCUUUAAAUAUAGGGUAAAACAGCUACUUGCAAAAAUGUUUAGUAUGCCACCUCUUUGUAUUUAGAAGAUAAUACUGAAAUUCAAGAUCCAGAAAUUUUAAGUGCAGUUGUAGUUGAUCAAGAUAAUGGAAGGAUCACUGUUAAAUCUCAGAAUAUUAACCUUAUUAAUACAUCAGUUACGGUUGUGCUUAAAGCUGUUGAAGAAAGCGGAGUAGAAAUAACUUAGUAGUUUGAGCUUUAGUUUUAAGAGAAGACGACAACUACCACAACUACUACUACAGCUCCACCAUAAUACCUAUCUAAAUCCCCUAUGAAAAUAACUAUAAACUCUGAAUCCAAAAUAGACGCAUAAAAUUCACCUUAUGUUAUAUAAAUUGUAGGGUUGGUAAAGAAUCCAGAUGGAACCAAGAUUUAAACCACACUCUUCUUACCGCUAAAUAUCUAAUCUUAAAACCUAGGAGCUCCAUAUUUUCAAACAUCCCUUUCAGGUAUUUAUUAUUUUAAGAAUGCAAGCAGAUUUAUUACUGGCUAAUAUCCAAACUACAGACUUACUCCAAACUACAAUAAUUUGGGAGAGUUCUAGGUAUCCAUUGCAGUAACUGAUGAUAAUCUUAGUCCUCUGACAGCUAAUUACUACUUUAAAAUUGUUGUAACAAAAAUGAACUCUUCUUAGAAUAAAAAUGAAACAAAAGCCAAUCAGACUUAGAAUUAAAAUUUAAAAGUAUAAUUAUUUUUUAAUUAUUUUUCAGAUUACUGA